AUGCCAGGAAACCCAUUGAGUACUGCUUCGAUGUUGUAUUGCAAGACCGAUAAGUCGGUAGAUUCGCCAAUGCCGUAUAUCUGGAAUAUUAUUUCUUCCACGGUAUUUUCACGGGAAGAUUGGAUUUUUGGGUCUGACGACAAGAGAGUGGCAUCGAAGCCACAGUCUUCGAUCGCCUGCUGGAUUUCCAGCGGCAGAAGAGAGAGAAGAUGUUCCACUAGAGCAUCUUCCGUCAAAAGGGAUACACCCACCGAUUUGACACCUUCUAGCAGCUCCAACCUCUGUGUAAUGGACGCGGAGCACGAGCCACACGUCAUGCCCUUGAUUUGGAAACGAGACUCUAGCACGGACUCAGGGGCGGAGGAUUUCACCAAAACUGCGUCAAAGCCGCAAUCCUCCACGGCAGAAAGAAUGGCCGACACGGGAGUUUCCUGCGAGUGCACAACUUUGCCCUCGUUUGUAAGCAACGACACGGACACACUCAGCACGCCAGGAACUGCCUCUAGGGCCUCUGUCACGCUGGACGAGCAUGCGGCACAUGUCAUUCCCGAUAUGCUGAUUGUGGUGGUGACAUUUGUUGCGAGAGCAGCGGAAGUGGCGGAAACCACUGCGGCAUCGAAACCGCACUCUUCCACGGCCUGUAUUAGCUGCUGUGGGGUCACGGGCGGCGUGAAGUCGACUUUCGCCUCAUUAGUAAUGAGAGAAACCGACACCCGCUGGACCUGGUCUAUGGCCUCGAGGGCUUCGGUGAUGGAGGCCGAGCACGCAGCACAGGUCAUGCCGCUGAUUGCUAGCGUAGCCGUAGACAUGUGGAACGAGAAAAAAAAUCUAGAAAUUAAGGAAUUAACGGCUCAGAAAGGCGGGUGGAAGGCAGAUGUGUGA